CACCAUUGCUCGCUCCGCCACCGCCGUGUUUACUUCGUGUCCAGUGCGUAUUCUCGUGUGGUAUUCCUUUCGAAUUGUCAAAUGCGAGCAUCGUUUGGACGUUUCCAAAGAAACGUCGUUUCUUUUUCUGAUAUUUCUAUCGUAUGUUUCUCUAUCUAUCUCUCUAUCUCUCUCUCUCUCUCUCUCUCUCUCUUUUUUUGUAAUUUUUUUUUUGCAUCGAUAAACAAUUAACGAUUGAUCGAGUACGAGGGUGACUGUUGCCUCGUAGGAGGAUUAGAGAAAGAUGGUGAAAAUUAUCGGAUCGGUUUGUGCGUGUGUGAGCUCACAGUGAAAGAUACCGUGCGUGUUUUCAAAAGUGUGUGCGUUAUUCUUCGAUACUUAAUUAAUUGUUUUGGUUGUUGUAUAUCGUUUACUGUCGAAACAUGGUUCGUUCGAAUGGAGGAUACGAAGAGUUAGGAUAAUUGGGUGUGUUUGCGAUGAUAGGAGAAUCGUGUAUAGACACAUCGUUCAAUUUACCCGCGCAAAUUCGAAUCCAGUCGAAUCCAAGUAGCGUUUAAUUCAGAAGGAGAGGUUCAAUCGGUUCAACCACUGGCUCGUCGUUCUUACUCGACAAUGACCUUGAUAUGUCUAGGCUGUUGCAUAGAACGGUUGAAUUCUCUCGAACUGUCUGAUCAUCUAUUUUCAAUUCAUUUUCUUUCGAUAGAUUCCCAAUCGAAAUCGUGAGGAAUAGACAAUGAUUUUAUUGAUCUGUAAACGUUACUUUUUUAAUCAUUCACCGUUCUCUGUAUCUUCGAUAUUACAAAGGAUAUCGGUGAUAUAAGUUUACAUUCCAUCUUAAAAUCCGUCGAAUUAGUUUUUCAACAGCGUUUUUAUACUUUCGUUGAAAUUACAACGUCGAGAAUGAAGAAUAAGCGAAGUAGAAACUACUGUACCGUUUUAACCGCGUUUGUUGUUUCAUAGAAAUAAGAAUAAACAAAAAAAAAAAAAAGAAAAGGAUAAAAAAUAAUAGCGUUAAUCAUCGACUCAACCAUUCGGUAUUGUAUAUAGAAUACAAGCUAAAGGAGAACUUUCAGUGUUUGGACAAUCGAAUAUCCAACUUGUCUAUUUUUUUAAAUGGAAAACUCGAGUAAAGAAUGCAAUGUUUUUUUUCACUAUCAGAGAUAACAAAGAGCGUAGCAGACAUGAAAUGCAUUUGCAUCGGUUAUGCGUUUAUCUAUCUAUGUAUGUACGUCUAUAUAUAUAUAUAUAUGUGUGUGUGUGUGUAUGUAUGUGCAUAUAUCGGACGUAAAUUAUUUCAAGGGUAGUAGAGCGCGAUAGAAUUUUGCAACAAGGCGAUAAUUCGCAAUUAAAGUAGGUACUCGACAUUGCUGGUCGAUGAAUUGACUCGUGAAAGCGCAACCACGCGAGAGUCGCUUCGAGGUCCACUGACGGAAAAAAAAAGUUGCAUUUGCCGCUAGGAAAUUGGCUACUUCGCGUCGUGAAUCGAAUGAUUAAUUAAUUUAACGAGUACUCUUCGUGUCAGUUAACAGAAAUCUCAUUCGAUCAUUUCUCCGUUCGCGAUAAUAUCCACGAAAUUUGAUUGAUUCCUCCAGAAGAAUCCUGUUUAAUUUCAUCGCCAUUCGAUAAUCAGUGGAUAUGCAUUAUCGAUAUAUACAUAUAUACAUAGAUAUUAUUUCUCUAUGUUUCAUUUUAGUUCUCCGUUAGAUUUUUCAAUUUCUUUCGAAUUCUUUUCAAGUAGUGAAACGUCGAACUAAUUUCAACUAUCGUCGUGAUAUUUGAAAAAAAGACAGUGUUACUGUGACUACUAGAGUGACUGUGAUAAACUUCCGAGAUAUUUCGAUAUUUUUACUUCGACUCACUGAUCGAUUGACUUACUGACUGACUGACUGACUGACUGACUGACUGACUGACUGACUGACUGAUUGACUGACUGAUUGACUGACACUUGAUAUGAACUUUGAAGUUUUUCUUUUUUCAAGCAGUGAGUAAUGAGAAAACAUGUCGGAUAAAAGCAACGUCGUAAAAACAACGGAUAAUCCAAGACUUUGAAGUUCGUUGAAUGGAUGGAACAAGGAUGGUGAUUUCUUUCGAGAAAAUUGUCGAUAUUUUGCAACGGUUCAAUAGAGUUCAUCAAAUUUCCUUAGUACAUACAUCUCAAUAAAGAUCAUCGAUCAAAAUUGACGUUAAUAAAAUCCAUCCGAAACGCAUCGGUUGGCAGGAACGAAAAAUGAAGAAAAUAUCUUGGCUCGUUUCGUACGAUCGAUCAUCCUCGUUCUUCCGGUCGAAUCUUGAAACGACAAUCUCAUCCAGUCGAUUGAGUCUCGUCGAGCAACGUAAUAAGAAUCUCGGUGUUAGUGAUAAGAGAAAGGAGAGGAAGCGGCUUGCUAAAGAAAUAUUUUUAAGGGAGUCUCAGCUGAAACGUGGAAUAUAAAGUGGAUUUGUUGCUGAGAACGAUAAAGCAGAAUGCGAUAAAGAUAAAUAGAGGAAAAAAACAAAGACAGACAGAGAAAGAAAGAGAGAGAGAGAGAGAGAGAGAAGGAGUUAUGUACGUGUAAAAAAAAAAAAAAGAGAGAAGAAAACAUUCAAAUGGACAUCGACGACAAAAUAAACGAUUCACCUUGUAUUAUACUAAACUAAAGAAAUAUAUCGAAGAUUGAUUAGACAACAUUUUAAACGCUCUGAUAAAUAUCCUAUAAAAGUUUGAAGAUCAUGUUACCGAUAUAUUCGAAAAAUUGGGAAACAUACUUAAGACGUUGUAAAUGUUUCGUUAAAGAAAAUAAUUACGUCGAUACGAAACGAGAAUUAUUAUUUUUCUUUUAGAUCAUAAAUUUAAUAGUACAUUAAAAAAAAUUUAAUAUCAAAUUAAAGUGGCUCGAGGGUGGCGAGGCAAGAAAGAAAAGGUUAUACAUGGACGCGUCGGAGGAGAGUGAAAGCAGAGUGAAAGACGAUAGAUCGAUUCCUUGACGAGAAUGAGAUUCCUUAGAAAGAGUUAGAUCUGAGUAAAAGAUAGAUAUAUAAACGGACAAAGAGAACACGAGAGAAAGAGAAAGAGACAGAGAGAGACAGAGAGAGAGAGAGAGAGAGAGAGAGAGAAGGUAUUAAACUUGAAAGAAAGAGAAAAAGAUUUAUGAUAACUGUGCUUUUAAAAGGGUAAUGUAACCAUUUAAGGUUAACGCGUACAAUUAAAAAAAGGAACUCUUUAUUCGUCCAUUCUACUUCUUUUUUUCUUUUCCUUAUUUUUUUUUUUCUUUUUUCUAUCUACCCUUUUUUUCGUUUCAAACUUAUCAACAUACAAAUCGCAUUUCGUAAAAUUAAAUUUAACGAGACGACUAAAUGCUCGCGUACGGGAGAAAAUAUCAAAGAAUUAUACUUUCCUUGCGACAAAUGCGUUUUUAUCCGAGUAAUAAAAAUAAAAAGGUGGUGAUCCUUUGAUAAAGGAAGGAGAAAAAGGUUGGAGGGAGAAUGGAGAAAGACAACGUUAGACAUUAUAGGGCUUACGAGGGUUUUAAGCCAGCCAAUAAUGGCAACACCUCGUCCCUUAAAAGAACUACGUCGGAACAUCCAAAAACUUUGCAUCCAUCGAGACAAGUUAGAUGCUUAUGUUUCGGUGGUAUACCAGACAAGGCUAGCCAACAAUCCUUCCUAAAGGGUUUCGCCAUAAAUCUUGGUAUAUGUGCAUUAAUGGUCGCUUAUACGUUACUGGGAAGUUUCAUAUUCCUUGCAAUCGAGGGUGGUACCGAUUCUACGGACAACGUUGGGAUACAUCGAGCGUUGGCAACCAUUGCUGUUAGUAGUCAAUCUAAUAAAAGGAAUACCACAGCCUGGUUGAUGCAGGUAAAUAACGAAGCACGCGCGAAAACCGUCGAAAAUAUAUGGAUACUCACGGAAAGCUUGAACAUUCUCUACCGUGAAAAUUGGACGAGAUUGGCCGCGCAAGAGAUCGCACGGUUUCAGGAUCAACUGGUGAAAAGGAUCACGGAGGACAUGAUGGCGACACAGAAUACUGGCACGUACACCGGUAGUACCGGUGUAAACGGCGAUAGUGUCACGGAACGACGAAUACCCGAGUACGAGUGGAACUUCGCCAAGGCGUUUCUAUAUUCUUUAACAGUACUGACUACCCUAGGCUGUGGUAGUAUAGCACCUAAGUCAACGUGGGGUAAACUUGCCACCAUGGGUUACGCCAGUCUAGGUAUACCCUUGACGAUAGUCUACUUGUCAAAUGCCGGAGGUCUGUUGUCCAGGUGUGCCAGGGGUGUUUUUACCCGAGCUCUUUGUUGCUGCCUUUGUUCGAACUGCGGCUAUUGUUGCUACGACGAGAGACGAAUGCAGGAGAAAGAGAGACGAAUGCGAAGAAAGAGGCAACAGGAAGAAUUGGCGCAGCAACAGCAACAGCAACAACUACAGUUACAGGAACCAUUUUACGUGCGUGCUAAUUCGUCGACGUUUACGAGUACAGUUGAGAUCAAAGCGAGUCCGAAGGAUGAGGUCUCUAGUCUUGGUUCUGGGGAUAGACCGAACGUGACAAUACUGGCACCCAUUAGCAUUUGUCUUGGUGCUAUGCUCUGCUAUAUCAUUGCUGGAGCCUUUACUCUUCACAAAUUGGAUGGUUGGACUUUCGUAGACGCAAGUUACUUCUGCUUCAUGAGCUUAAGCACUAUCGGAUUCGGAGACAUGGUGCCGGGUUCCUAUCCUCAAAACAACCCAUCCUCCUCGCGAAACGCAACGAUUUGGUUUUGCUCUUGCUAUAUAAUGUCGGGUAUGGCAUUGACGGCAAUGUGCUUCAAUAUUCUACACGACGAGAUCGUUCAUCGAUUCUGUCAUCAAAAUGAAAAACAAGAACCAGUUAAGGCAAGCUCCAGUGUUGACGAGCUAUCAACCGAUCCCUUUGCUCUGACCUCGUGACAAUUUCCGUCCGGUAAUCUGUGCCAUAGAAAUGGUACGGAGGAUACGAAUGUAUGCGCCACGGAAGCACCAACUAACAUAUUCGCUCAUGAGAACGAGAUCAAUAUUCUGAAGGAUUCCUUUAAUCAGGUUGAUGUCACUAGAGACUGCAAACCGAUCCUGAAGUUGGAGGAUCACGUGCCACCGAUCGCAGCGGUUUACAUGCUACCGAAGGUAGACGAGGAGACAGAGGAGAACACUGAAAUGUAAAAAUGUCUCCUAGAUGUCCCUUCGAAUGUGUCCCCAAAGCGAAAUUCCACGAUGGAACUUUCGAGUUUCCGAACUUUUGGGAUAGAUAGUUAACUAUCUCUCUCUCUUUCUCUCUCUCUAUCUCUAUCUCGUUCUCUCUAAUUCACUCCCUGUCUGUCUCAUUUCUCGGCAAGGAAACAACAUCAUAAGUGUAUGUUUGUGUAUGUGUGUAUGUGUGUUGUGUAUGAAAGCAAGAGAGAGAGAGAGAGAACUGGAAAGAGAGAGAGAAAGAGAGAGAGAGAGAGGAGAGAUAGAGAUAGAUUUGCUUUGUUACACCGAUUGUAGUUUCCCUUGGAAGAUAUAUCUAGGAUUUUUCAAGGAACCCAAUAAUACUACGAAGCUCGAGAUUCUUUUGAUUCGAUCAUUCGUUGUAGGUGGAUUCUAUGAAACUGCUGACUAUGUAGGUUUCAAUAGAAACGGGUCCUGAUUCAAAGUUAAGAAGGGUGGUGAGCACCGACAAAUUUCUCUCUUCACCGAGAAUAGAGAUACAUUGUAUUAUAUGUAUGUCUAUAUAUAGACACGCGAAGUGAGAUAAGAAUAUAUAUAUAUAUAUAUAUAUAUAUAUAUGUAUGUAUGUAUGUAUGUAUGUAUGUAUGUAUAUGUAUAUAUAUAUUCAUGUGUUAGAUGAUCGAAUACGCAUUGACUUACGUUCUCGUACGAAUAAGGAAUAAUCCGCCAAUUAUUAAGGCUGUCAACUUCGAAUAAUUCAUGUGAGUACGAUAUCAUGUUCACGAUAGAAUUCGAACGACGAGCCUAAUUGAUUUUAAUAAUAUGACGUGUAUCGGAUUUAUAUAUCAGAGAUGGAGAACGUAAUUCCUCAAAAUCCGUUGACUUUUAUAUUAAUUAAUAUUUUACUUUUUGUUUAUAAAUAUAUAUAUAUAUAUAUUAGAUACAUAUUAUAUUUAUAUAUAUUUAUUUAUAUAUAUAUUAUAUAUAUAUAUAAAAGUUAAGCUUAAAACAUAUUAAUUAAAGACAGUUAAAGAGAACAAUAUAUAUAUAUAUAUUCUUCGUUUCAGUAUAUAAAAAAUAUAUUUAAAAUAUCAUUGAAAUAGUAUUUAAUAAUCUACUUGUUAUAUAUAAUUCAUUGAAUUAGUAUUUAAAGAACGUUUCUAUAUGACAUUGUUUGAAUUUAAUUUCCAAUAAUAUCGACUAGUGUCCUUUGUGGUUUAAGACGAUACCAUUUCCAAGAAAGUUCGUUUGAAUAAAUCGAUAAAGUUUUUUAUCAAUACGAGUUUGUAAUUACUUCGUUUCAUAAUUAAUUAGAUUUCGAAGAGUCGCGUUAUUCCGUCUUAAGAUGUAUUAUUACGAUACGUGCACGAUACGAGCAUGCAUAUACAAAACGUUUCUAUAUGCCUAUUUAGAUAGGAUAUUAAUAAGAAUUUUUAUAUUUCUUAAAUACUACAUUAAAGCGCCAAUCGCGAGACAAAGGUGAAAGUUCUUGUCUGUUAACGAGCACGAUUGAUUUUUGCGUUCAAUUCUAAUCAGAAGGACAAGAAAAAAAAAACACGAAAGAAGACAUAAUAAAAAAAGAAAAAGUAAAUAAAUAAAUAAAUAAAUAAAUAAAUAAAUAAAAAAGAAACACCGUCAAACAAAUUAUAAGAAACGUACAAUUAUUUAUUUAACACUAUACGCCAAUUUCUGUGUUCAUUAAACGAUUUACUUUUUCUCUGCGAUUAACUUUUAAUACUUUUAUAUUAAACAUUUUUAAUAAUAAACGUCACUCGAGAGAGAGAGAGAAAGAGAGAGAGAGAGAGAGAAACUGAACGCAAAUAUCGUCAAGAAUAAAAUCAAAUUCAAAAACGUUCAAGAACAAUAACUAAAAAAUAUGUAUUACAUAUUAAAUACACGCUAAAAUCUCGUAAAAGGAGAAAAGGAGAAAAGGAGAAAAAAAAGAUAAUGCAAAAAAAAAAACAGUUAAAAAAUGACGACAUGUUACAUCUAGAGAAAAAUUGUCUACGUUGUUUAAAUAAUCGAUAUUCCCUAUAGAUUACUAACAAUAAAAAAUUACGCGUUGAACGGCGUGAUUACGAUAAUUGUAAAUUAGUUGUAAAAAUGCAAUUGAUCAUCGAUUCUAUCGUAUAAAGAAGGGGGGGGCGGCAGAGAGUCCUCGAUCCAAAAAAAAAAGAAAAAAAGAAAAAAAUAAUAAAAAAUAAACAAGAUGUCUUUAGAUCGGACUAUUAUCUGGAGCAUUAAAACCCAUGAAAAAAAGCAAUUUAUUUCAUCGAUUGAAAUAUAUAUCGAGAAAAAUGAAAUGAGUCUCCCAUUCAGGAAUAAAAUUCUCAUUGAUCAUCGAUCAUUGAAAAGAAUCAUGUACCGGUGAAAGAAGAAAAAAAAAACGAAAGAAAAAGAGAAAAAGUUAACAGAAGAAGAUCUGCCUCGCGUUUUCGAACGACGAAAAUUCAUGCGGUUGCGAUUCCGCAAAGUGUUCCUUUCGUUUCGUUUCUUGUAACAUAUCAUAAGAUGUAAGAUAUAAUCUCAAUCAAUCGGUAUAGUUGGAAAAUGUGAACGGAAACUAAUCGAUUUUGAUUAAUCGAAGGAUGGAAAGGGAAAAAGAGAAAGAAUGAGUGUGUGCGUGUGUAUGUAUGCGCGCGAAUGUACAUAUAUAUAUAUAUACUGUGUAUGUGUGUAUGAAUGUAUCUAAGGUCCUCUUUCCAUUUUAGAUACGUAAAAUUAAAGAGAAAAAAAAAGAAAAAAAAAGGAAAAAAAAGAAAGAAAAAAAAACUAGCGACUAAUGACAAUCGAUACUGGUCGCUAAAGAUAUCGUUAUCGUCCUAGCUACUUCUAAGAAGAGAGAUUGGUUUGGAAAGUCGAAAGAAAAUGAAGGAAAAGGGGGAGAGGGAUAUCGUGGAUUCGAGCCAAAACAAACUUUACCCUUUAGAUUCUCCUAUCGAAAAAGAAGAGUUAGCUUGUAUCGAUCUAAACUCGCUGACCGAAUAAACUUACUUCUAUCUAUUUAUAGAAUACGAUGAUUAGUUAUUUGAAAUAUAUUAUUCUUACGAUAGAUAAGAAUCGUUUAUAUAAAUUAUAGAAUCGUUAAAAUAAAUUAUAUGAAAUGCGAUAUAUAAAAAUCGUAUUGUACAAUUUAUUUCCAAUGAAUUUUCUUUCCACGAUAUAUAAUAGAAAUAUGAUGGAAUUAAUCGAGCUAAAUAACAUCUAAUUUCAUUGAAGAAAUUUAUUCUGAUAUUAUUUUAUUCCAUUCUAAGCAAUCACUUUUCAAGCACGAAAUUAGAAACGCGUUAAAUAACUUCCUUGUGGUUUAUUAGAUGAUUGAGAAACUUUGAGAUAUAUUCAAAUUAGUUAGAUGUUGUAUGACAUAUAAGAGAUAUCAUUGGUUCAAUUUGAAGUUCUAUUGCAAGAACAUCUUAAUAUUUCUCUCUCUCUCUCUUUCUCUCUCUCUCUCUUUCUCUCUCUCUCUCUUUCUCUCUUUCUCUUAAUAAGAAGCUCUUCUUACUAUAUCUCUCUCUUUCUUCGAAUUUCCCUCUUUCUCGUCUUUCGCCCUUACGUUCUGGUUUCUCUUGUCGAUCUCUAGGGAAAUAUAACUGAGUUCAAAGUACUUCGCAUAGCUCAGUAUAGCGUGCCGACUGGAAACUUUACUAGGACGAUUUUGCAGAAGAAAUAUCCAAUGAAAACCAAACGUCACGGGAUUUUCAUCGCUUUCUUCUUCUUCUCUGUUAUUCUUCUCGUUUUCUCUUUUCUCUCUCUCUCUCUCUCUCUCCUCUUCUUUCUUUUUUUCAUUUUUCUAUACCACCUAUUUCCUACACUACUUCUUUCUUUCGUUUGUGCAAUACACGCAAACUACACUUUAUUUUCUUUUCAAAGAAGUAGAGAGAGAGAGAGAGAGAGAGAGAGAGAAGAGAAGAAGCUUUCGAUCGAUUAGCUUUCAAGUGAAAAUUAAUGGAAUUGCUUUGUCGCGCUUUUUCUCUCGGGAUUUUAUUUCCCAAAGUUUACUUUCUUCUUAAUCAUUCUUUCUCUUCGACCAUUUAUCGUUCAUUCGAUUGGAGAAGUAAAUAAUUGUAUAAAUUUUCUUUUAUUAAAAAUAUAGAUUUUUACGUAAUGAUAUAAAUUAAAGGAUGAAGAAAAGAAAAGUAUAAUAGAUCUAAACGUUUUCGAAGCAUAAAGAAUAUUUAAUAUUAAUAAUGCGACGACGGCACAAAGAAAAAGGAUAUAACUUAAUAAAAAGAUGAAAAUAUGGGGAUAAAAGAAGAGAGAAAGAGAGUGGUCUAUUAAUGCGGUUGCAGAUCGUAAAUACCAGAGAAAUAUUUCACGAUUCGAUAAAUUCUUGAGGGAGGGAGGGAGGGGAAUGCAAUUUUCUGCAUCGCCAGAUAGAAUAAUCCCAUUUGAUUAUCGGGAGCGAAUCAAUGUUUAGCUUUAAGCGUAUUCAAUCGCCGGAUGCUACGUUUUACUUUAUGAAGAGACAGGGUCCAGCGUUUGGAAAAUACAAUAUAAUCUUUUACGAAGCGAUAUAAUAUGAUAUAUUCGAUUAUUCGAAUUAUCGAUUAACUUCUUUUUUCUCUUUUUUCUUUUUUCUUUUUCCUUUUUCUCUUUUUUUUUUUUUUUACGUGAACGUUUUAAAAAAGUUUUCAGAUAUCGCUGAAAUUUAUUUGGAAACAAUGAUUAGACUUAAAAAAAAAUCCCGAAAUUUAUAUAUUUCUUAUAGGCAUUCAAUCAAUUUAAUUCUAUAAUUAUUAUCAACAAUAACAGUAUCUUUUGAUAUUCCUUUUUUCGUUACGUCCAAAGUACGAUCGUAUUAAUUAUUAUUUUUAAAUCGUAUUCAUCGUUGAUCUGUAAUUUUCUUUUCUAAACAUUUUCAUUAUAAUCCCACGAUAUCCUGUUAGAACGUGGAAUUGAAAGGUAUGAAUGGUGAGAACUUUUAAUUAAAUAUAAGUUCUCUCUAUAAUUCACUGUAAUCGUAAACCUUUUCUAAUGAUAUUCAUUAAUACGUAAUUAUAAAGACAAGAUUUUAUAUCGAAAGUUUAUCGCCUCACAUAUAAAUAACUUUCCUCGAAACAAUGCUACGUAUCUAUUGUACAGUGCAUCUUUUCAAAUUAGUAAUAUGUGAAUGUAGGAGUGAUUUCGUAAAAAGAAGAAUUAUAGAAAAGAAGAGAGAUUUUGUCUGUGUGUCUGUGCUUGUGUAUGUGUGUUUACUUACGAAUGUAUGCAUCUAAAAAGAAUAAAGGAGAUGAUCGAGAGAGACAAAAUUAUUGCUAUUAUUAUUGCGAAAGAUGAAUGAAUUUGAAUUCUUGAGAAGCCCUAAAAAAUUUGAUGUUGUGUAUAAUAAAUUAAUAACAUCCUAAACAAUGGUACUCUCUGUAAAUAGUGAAAGAGAAAAGAGAAAGAGAAACAAAAAAAAAAAAAGAAGAAGAAGGUGAUUAGAAAAAUGUCAAGACGAGAAUUCUACAAAGUUACGCGAUGUCGUUGUAAAAAAAAAAAAAAAAAAAAAAAGAAAGAAAGAAAAAAAAAAAUACAUGGAGAUAAACGAAUCGGUGAAUAUUGUACGUCUGUAUAAUCGUUUGUCAAGCAAUGUAUCUUAUUAUACUGGAUAAUAAAAAAAAAGGAAAAAAAAAAAGAGAAAAAAGAAAUCAUUAAAAUCUAACUUCAGAA